UUUACAUAUUCGACAUUCGUUAUCGAAUCAUAAGCGAAAUCGAACAAAAUAUUAUCACAUGAAGAUUGAUAGACAGAGAAACCUCCAACUUUUCCACUCGUAACCAAUAUUAAUUUCAAUUUACGAGCUAGAGUGGCAUAGAUAAUUCUUCUCAUGAGUUCCUUCGGCAGCCCAGGCGCGGGUCCAUAUACCGGGAAGCCUACCCCGCCUCAGCGCGGAAGCUUCCCUUUAGAUCAUGAUGGCGAAUGCAAAGCCGUCAUGACCAAGUAUCUCUCAUGCAUCAAGAAGGUCAAGGGCGUCAAUGACGAGGAGUGCCGCAACCUUGCCAAAACCUAUCUAUCUUGUCGUAUGGACCGGAAUCUUAUGGCCAAGGACGACUUUAAAAACUUGGGGUUUGCCUCGGAGACGGAGACGCCCUCAAGUUCGGAAGCUCAGGGACGACGGUAGCAUGGCAAUAGCUUGCAAUAGAACCUGCUCGUCAGAUCUCACAGGAAGAACUAUCCGAAAUUCUUCAGUCUAGCUGCGGAUUCUGACUUCCUUCUGCUACCAACUGCGCGUUUCUUUACGGAUAGAAUGCCUGCUCGGUAGGAGCCUCACUCUCUACUGCUAAGAAUUACAAGUCCUAGACUAUAGAACCCGACCCAGGGCCGCGCUGUAUUAUAUACUAGGAAGGCAUGUUUAGCUUUCAAAUGGGAAUAAACGGAAUUAUAGCCCAUAUUGUAAAUAAUUAAGUAUAUCCGAGCAUAUCUAACCUCCGGGUCGAAUGUUCUUAUAGAUACAUACUCAAAUCUACAAUAUAAAUUAGUUACAUUCAA